CCACGGGGAUCCGCUCAGAGCCCAGCCGAGAUCCAGCGACCCUGCCCCUCUCUCAUCAGCACAGGCAGAGCCCUGGGCUGGACAGAGUCAUGACCGCUGAAAAGACUAUUCCCAUAAUUAAUGGCAAGCCAGAAGAUGCUUUGGACCCUGAAGCCUCAAGUACCAACCUGGUCCACAGCAACGAUAAGAAAGUGCACGAAAGAGGCCACUGGAACAAUAAGGUUGAAUUUGUGCUUUCUGUGGCAGGGGAGAUUAUUGGGUUGGGAAAUGUGUGGCGAUUCCCAUAUCUUUGCUACAAGAAUGGAGGAGGUGCUUUCCUCAUUCCAUAUGUGAUUUUCUUUAUUUGCUGUGGAAUACCAGUAUUUUUCCUGGAGACCGCCCUGGGACAGUUUACUAGUGAAGGAGGAAUUACAUGUUGGAGAAAAGUUUGCCCGCUGUUUGAAGGUAUUGGAUAUGCUACCCAAGUUAUUGAAGCACAUUUAAAUAUUUAUUACAUCAUCAUUUUAGCAUGGGCUAUCUUCUAUCUAUUUAACUGCUUUACCACAGAGCUCCCUUGGGCCACUUGUGGCCAUGAAUGGAAUACAGAAAACUGUGUGGAAUUUCAGAAACUUAAUAUGAGCAACUGCAGUCAACUUUCUUUACAAAAUGCCACGUCUCCAGUCAUGGAAUUCUGGGAACGCAGGGUGUUAGCCAUAUCCGAUGGAAUUGAACAUAUUGGGAAUCUCCGCUGGGAUUUGGCAUUGUGUCUCCUCGCUGCUUGGACUAUCUGCUACUUUUGCAUUUGGAAAGGAACAAAGUCAACUGGAAAGGUGGUAUAUGUAACAGCUACAUUCCCGUAUGUCAUGCUACUGAUUCUUCUGGUUCGAGGAGUAACAUUACCAGGGGCUUCUGAAGGAAUAAAAUUCUACUUGUAUCCUGACCUAUCCCGAUUGUCUGACCCACAGGUCUGGGUGGAUGCUGGCACGCAAAUAUUUUUCUCUUAUGCCAUCUGCUUGGGAUGCUUGACAGCCCUGGGGAGUUACAACAACUACAACAACAACUGCUACAGGGACUGCAUUAUGCUCUGCUGCUUGAACAGUGGCACAAGCUUUGUUGCUGGUUUUGCCAUCUUUUCAGUCCUUGGUUUCAUGGCUUAUGAACAAGGAGUGCCCAUAGCAGAAGUUGCAGAAUCAGGGCCAGGACUUGCAUUCAUUGCCUACCCAAAAGCUGUCACCAUGAUGCCUCUUUCUCCGCUAUGGGCAACUUUGUUUUUCAUGAUGCUAAUAUUCCUUGGAUUAGAUAGUCAGUUUGUGUGUGUUGAAAGCCUUGUGACAGCUGUGGUGGAUAUGUACCCAAAGAUUUUCCGAAGAGGAUACAGAAGGGAACUGUUGAUUCUUGCUCUUUCGAUUGUAUCAUACUUUGUUGGCCUAAUAAUGUUAACAGAGGGUGGAAUGUACGUUUUCCAGCUGUUUGACUCCUAUGCAGCCAGUGGGAUGUGCCUUCUUUUUGUGGCUAUAUUUGAAUGCAUCUGCAUAGGCUGGGUUUACGGCAGCAAUCGCUUUUAUGAUAAUAUUGAAGAUAUGAUCGGGUACAGACCAUUGUCAUUAAUUAAAUGGUGUUGGAUGGUCCUAACUCCUGGUAUUUGUGCUGGAAUCUUCAUCUUUUUCCUGGUGAAAUAUAAACCUUUGAAAUACAACAACGUUUAUACGUACCCGGACUGGGGCUAUGGGAUAGGCUGGAUGAUGGCCCUCUCAUCCAUGGUUUGUAUUCCUUUGUGGAUCUGCAUUAAGUUGUGGAAGACAGAGGGAACCAUUCUAGAGAAAUUCAGGAAGCUGGUCGUACCUAGCCCCGAUCUGAAGAUGAGAGGGAAGCUUGGAGCAGGGGGAUAUGCUGCUACAGUAAAUGAUUGUGAUGCCAAACUGAAAGGCGAUGGCAACAUUUCAGCCAUCACAGAAAAGGAGACACAUUUCUGAAAGAACUCUCUUUUUGUGUGUGUUACUUUUUGU